UUAACAAAAUUAAUUAUUUGCUUAUUCUUGCCAUGGCCGCCUCCAUGUCCACUAAAACUCUCUUUGCUUUCAUCAAUCCCCCAACUGCUGACAACAGAAUUCAGAAAACUCCGAAUUCGAAUCCCUACAGCCUCGCCUCUAUGCCGAGUGCCCACAAACAUUGGAAAAUUUCCCAAGAUCAUGAUGAUACAUUUACUUCUACUCCUUUAGAAAAUCCAAACUACGGAACUAAGAAGCAUGAUUUUGGCGGGCUCAGCGUCCAACAUCCCCAUAAAUUAGAAGCAUGUAGGCGUGCACUAAGGAAAGUAGGAAAAGAUGAUGGUUUCGAAUGUUUAAACAUGAUUAAUGCCAUCCAACGCCUCGGCAUUGACUACCACUUCGAGGAAGACAUUGAUGCAAUUUUAAAAGGGCAAUAUGCAAAAUACAUUGCUCAUGGUGAUUGCGGUCAGAAUCUUCACGAGGUUGCGCUACGCUUUCGACUGUUGAGACAACGAGGUUACUAUGUUCCUGCCGAUGUAUUUAACAACUUCAAGGACAGGGAGGGAAAGUUUGACAAAGAACUGGAUAACGACAUAAACGGAUUGAUGAGUUUCUUUGAAGCUUCACAGCUAAGUAUAGAAGGAGAAGACAUAUUAGAUGAAGCUAGCAGCUUUUGCGAUCAGCUUCUGAAUGCGUGGCAAAUCAGACAUCCUGAUGACAACCAAGUCAGACAUCCUGAUGACAACCAAGUCAGUGUUGUUGGGAAUACUUUAGGGAAUCCUUACCACAAAAGUUUGGCAAGGUUCAUGGCCAAGAAGUUUUUUGGUAAUUUGAGGGGCACAAAUGGAUUAUGGUUGAAUGAUUUACACCACCUAGCAAAAAUGGAUUUCAAUAUGGUCCAAUCCAUUCACCAGAAGGAAAUUGUUCAAAUCUCCAAAUGGUGGAAAGAUGUUGGUCUGGCACAGGAACUGAAGUUUGCAAGGGACCAACCGCUCAAAUGGUACAUUGUUUCCAUGGCCUGUCUUACAGACCCAGAUCUAUCAGAGGAAAGGGUUGAGCUCACAAAACCCAUUUCUCUAAUCUACAUAAUAGAUGACAUUUUCGAUGUUCAUGGAACGCUUGAGGAAGUCACCCUCUUCACAGAAGCCAUCAACAAAUGGGAUCUUGCUGCAGUUGAGGAGUUACCCGAAUACAUGAAGAUAUGCUUCAAGGCUCUUAAUGACAUCACUGAUGAAAUUAGCCACAAGAUACAUCGAAAGCAUGGGUGGAAUCCUGUAGAUUCUUUAAGGAAGACGUGGGCGAGUUUGUGCAAUGCUUUUCUAGUGGAGGCUCAGUGGUUUUCUUCUGGGCAAUCACCAAAAGCUGAAGAGUAUCUGAAAAAUGCAGUUGUUAGUUCAGGAGUACAUGUGGUACUAAUUCACGUUUUCUUUCUGUUGGGACAUGGAGUAACCAAGGAAACUGUCCAUCUUGUUGACAAUGUACCGGAAAUUAUAUCUUCACCUGCCACAAUUCUUCGGCUCUGGGAUGACUUGGGAAGUGCCAUGGAUGAGAAUCAAGAUGGCCAUGAUGGAUCGUACAUAGAUUAUUACAUGAAAGAACACAAGGAUUCUGCAGUCAAAGAUGCACGAGAGAAGGUCGUCGAUAUGAUUUCAGAUUCAUGGAAAAGACUAAACAAGGAGUGUCUGAUCUCUCCAAACCCAGUUCCAGCAAAAUUCAACGAGGCUUGUCUUAAUAUGGCAAGAAUGGUGCCCUUGUUGUAUAGUUAUGACGACAACCAUGACCUCCCAAGCCUCGAGGAACAUAUGGAAUCCGUGCUUUAUCAAAGUGUGCCAUUAAUGUAGGGUAUCCUAAAGCAUAGAAAAAUAAAAUCCAAGCUUUCUGCUUAA